CGCUUUGUCUCCCUCUCCGUGAGUCUCGGCGGGUCCUGGAGGCCCCAGCUCCAGGCCCGCCCUCGACUGCCCGCGGCCCCUCCCUCGCCCUCCGCUCACAGCCUUUCAGUGCAGAGUAGUGACUAAACAUUACAAGAAGACCGGCCGCGCAGUUCCAGGAAUCGGGGGGGGCGGGGCAUGCUGGCUGGGUAAAUACCCGCGCACACGGCCUCGGCGGCGGCUCUAACUCCGACUGUUCAUUCGCCUGCUCUCACCACCGCUGUCUCUCCGGGCUCCCGGACGGCCCCUGCCCGGCCCAGCUCUCUGUCGUGGCCCCUCGCCCGGGUCCUUUGCCUGAUCCAUCUCGGGGCGCGCCUGAUCGGCCCCGGGGACAGCGAAGCCAAAGGGGACGCAAGCACAGGGAGCCCCUUUGUGGACUUCACGACCGCCAACAUCUGGGCGCAGCGCGGGCCGCCACCGCCUCGCCUUGGGGACCGUAGGAGGCACAGCCCCAAGGCCAGAUACUUCGCUUCGGGACUAGCACCCCGGGAUGCGGUAGCGGCCGCUGUGCGGAGGCCGCCAAGCAGCUGCAGCCACCACCGCGCAGAUCCACGCUGGCUCCGUGCGCCAUGGUCACCCACAGCAAGUUUCCCGCCGCCGGGAUGAGCCGCCCCCUGGACACCAGCCUGCGCCUCAAGACCUUCAGCUCCAAGAGCGAGUACCAGCUGGUUGUGAACGCCGUGCGCAAGCUGCAGGAGAGCGGAUUCUACUGGAGCGCCGUGACGGGCGGCGAGGCGAACCUGCUGCUCAGCGCCGAGCCCGCGGGCACCUUUCUUAUCCGCGACAGCUCGGACCAGCGCCACUUCUUCACGCUGAGCGUCAAGACCCAGUCCGGGACCAAGAACCUACGCAUUCAGUGCGAGGGGGGCAGCUUUUCGCUGCAGAGUGACCCCCGGAGCACGCAGCCAGUUCCCCGCUUCGACUGUGUACUCAAGCUGGUGCACCAUUACAUGCCGCCCCCGGGGGCUCCCUCCUUCUCUUUGCCACCUACGGAACCCUCCUCUGAGGUGCCAGAGCAGCCACCUGCCCAGGCGCUCCCCGGGAGUGCCCCCAAGAGAGCUUACUAUAUCUAUUCUGGGGGCGAGAAGAUUCCGCUGGUACUGAGCCGACCUCUGUCCUCCAACGUGGCCACCCUCCAGCAUCUCUGCCGGAAGACUGUCAACGGCCACCUGGACUCCUAUGAGAAAGUGGCCCAGCUGCCUGGACCCAUUCGGGAAUUCCUGGACCAGUAUGAUGCUCCACUUUAAAGAGCAAAGGAGUCAGAGGGGGGCCUGGGUCGGUCGCCUCUCCUCCGAGGCACAUGGCACAAGCACAAAAAUCCAGCCCCAGUGGUCCGGUAGCUCCCAGUGAGCCAGGGGCAGGUAGGCGUCUUUCUCGGGCCCUCCCCUCGGCAGAGUGGGGCAGGAAGGACCUGGAAUGUGUCUGAGGGGAGGGGGAGUUGCCACCUGCUUUUAUCCCUCAGCUCCAGCUUCUCUCUCAAGAGGAGCCAGCUGGCCUGGUGGGACAAUAACAUUGACAAGUGGACUCUCCUCUGUUCUCUCCUUCCUCCACACCGCCUCUGCUUC